AAGUCUUUUAGGGUAGUAGUCUCUAGUCUCCCUCUCUUCUCGCGCCAGUUGUGUGUGUUGUGUCAAUCAAUAACACAGUCAAGAGACGGCCGGAUUGAGGCACAGAAUAGGCGGCUUUCAAAGCGUUCAGACCUCUCUUGUGUUCGCUCUCCCUCCUCUUCUCUAUCCUCUCUUUUCACUCUCCUCUCUCUUUUUUUUUUCGUACCUCCUUUUCACUACCACCACCCCCAUACAACAAGGAGAAGAAGACACACAACUCUUUGAUAUAUUCUCUCUCUUCGGUGGUGUGCGAAAAAAAAAAGGAGUAAAUAGAAGAAAAGAGACCAAAUGGACAACAGUUAAAGAGGUUUCAACUUGAAUCGCACGCGCAGAAUAAAAAGUGAUUGACAUUCAAGUGCGUCGUGUUUGUGUUUAACUUUCUACAUCUUCUUAAAAAAAAAAAAAACAGUGCCCAGUGUGCUAUGUCGUGCUAGUGAAAAUUGCAACGACACUUCAAGUUUUUACCCCGACAAAUUGUGAAUUUUCAAUCAUCGAUAAUUGAAAAAAAAAAAAAAAAAAAUUUGAAUAAAAAAAAAAAACACGAAGGUCUCGAUUGACCAAACGCCCGUCCAAAGCGAAUAUCGAUAGCCAGAGUAGAACAAUGUUAACCAUGGAAUCGGAAAUGAAGGGACUUGGAGGUCACCCGGGUCAUCUUCAUCAGCAACACGGACUGGGUUCGCCAUCGUCGGCCGGCCAGACUUCGCUCUCUUCGCAUCAUUUGUCCGUCUCGUCCAGUCACGCUCUAUCGCCGCCCAUGACGCCCCAACAUUUGCAGCAACAACAGCAGCAGCAGCAGCAACAAAAGCAGCAACAAAAACAACAGCAUCAGCAACAGUACCAAAUGUCGGCCCACGGGCUCCAUUUGGGCUUGUCCGCCCAGCACGCGGCAGCCAUGGCCGCAGCCGCCGCCGCUGCCGCCGCUCACCAUCAGCACGCGGCCAACGCUCUGAGCUCGUCCGGCUCGUCAGCGUCUUCCCAGUCGUUGCACCACCAGCCGUCGCAAGGAUCGACGACCUCGUCGGCCGCUUCGGCCAAAAACAACAACCUGGACAGAGUUAAACGGCCCAUGAACGCUUUCAUGGUCUGGUCUCGCGGCCAGCGGCGCAAGAUGGCCCAGGAGAACCCAAAGAUGCACAACAGCGAAAUCAGCAAGCGGCUCGGAGCCGAGUGGAAAUUGCUGUCGGAAGCCGAGAAGAGGCCGUUCAUCGACGAAGCCAAACGUCUCAGGGCCGUCCACAUGAAGGAGCACCCCGACUACAAGUACCGACCCAGGCGCAAGACCAAGACUCUGCUCAAGAAGGACAAGUACCCCAUGGGUGGAGGAGGUCCGGCUGCCGGCGGACAAGGAGGUCUCAUCCAGCAGCAAUCGUCCGGUGGCGGAGGCGGACAGAGCGGACAUCAUCAAGAGCAUCAGCACGGCGGCGGCAAUCAUCAACGCGGCGGAGGGCACAACAUGAACAACAACUCGGUCGUGCUGGGCAGCCAACAGUCGGGCCUGCAGCAGAGCCAACAGGGCGGAGGUGGAGGCCUACACUCGCACCACAGCAGUCAGCGCGAAGCGGCCAUGUACCAUCACCACCACCAUCACCAGAUGGCCACCAACGGCUACAUGCCCAACGGUUACAGCAUGAUGCACGAUCCAAACUACGGACAGCAUUACAUGGCGGCAGCGGCGGCCGGCCUCUACGGGCCGCGCUACGACAUGAACCAGGGCGGCGGGGCCAGCACGGGCGGCGGAAGCGCUUCGCCCAUGUCUUCCUACAUGAACGGAGCCAACUACGGAGCCAUGUACGCCGGCGGAGGAGCCGGAUCUCCCUACUCGAUGCAAUCGUCGCAAAUGGGCAGCGGCGGACAGGCCGGAGUCGGCAGCGUCGGAUCCACCGGGUCGUCGCACAGCCCAAACAGCGUCAAAUCCGAGACGCCGACGCCUCAACAGCAACAAGUCUCCAUCAAGCGCGAAUACCAACAACAGCCGGCGGCCGUCGGCAACGCUGCUGAUCUCCGUCACAUGAUUUCCAUGUACUUGCCCGGCGAUGCCUCGUCCGUCAUGGACCCGACUUGCGGCGGUAGACUACAGCCCAUUCCGGGCCUACAGGGUCAUCCAGGGUAUCACCAUUCGGCCUCGCCCGAUCCCAUGUCGGCCGCCGCAGCCGCAGCAGCCGCCGCAGCAGCAGCAGCCGCCGCCGGGAUGACCAUGGCUCACAUGUAAA